GCUUAAAUUCCAUACAAAGUCUUUCCCUUCCCCCAAAAAUUUGGACGGCAAGAGUUUCUGCAUAUUUGUUAAGAGUUGAGAUUGAGAAAACUAUGUCUUCCAUCAGUGAACUUGCUUGUACUUACGCUUGUUUGAUCCUUCACGAUGAUCAUAUUCCUAUUAAUGCGGAGAGAAUUGGUACACUUAUAAAAGCAUCAAAUUUAAAGAUGGAAUCGUACUGGGCAAGCCUUUUUGUAAAACUUUGUCAGAAGGUGAACGUCGAUGAACUUGUUAUGAACGUCGGUGCUGGCGCAACCACAACGUCUAACAACGCUGCUGCUCCUCCCCCAACUACUGAUGACGAUGCUUCUAUUGCACCUUCCGCCCAUGACAAGAAGAAGGAGGAAAUAAAAGAAGAGAGUGAUGAUGAAGCCAUGUUUAGCUUGUUUGAUUAGGACUCACAUCCCGAUCAGCUUGUUCAAGACUUUAAAGUUUUUGGCUUUUUAAUUUUAUUUUUUAUAGACUAAAGUUUUUGGCUUUUUAAACUUUAAAGGUCUACUGCUUAUUACCUUCUUAUAUCAAAAGACUUAUUUAAUUUUGUUUUAAAUUUUGCAUUUUUCUUUAAGAAUUGUAUUUUAUUUAUUAUUUUGUCAAACAGAGCAAGAUUU